AUAGAGUGUAGACGUCCCCACAGAUAAGCCUGUAGACAACGGGAAGCAACAACAAGUUUAAGUAUAUUUUUACAAACGAGCUUUACAGAGUGUCUGAGGACGACGGGGCUAUACGCUGUCGGGAGAGCUGACGUCCACGGACUGAAGGUGGAAAUGAAACUUUUCGACGAUCUUCUAACACCACGUUAACACUUUUAGGGUGACGUAUCUCGACAAUCCUCCGAAGACGAACAAAACCAGACUCUUCGCUUCAGUAAAAUAAGGUGCAUAACCCUCGCAUAAUAACCUGACAGUUAGGGCUUGUCGCUUUUGAUUGGUCGAACGAUGCUGGGGACGGCAUAAACGUAAACGUACGCUCGGUUCGUCCCAUAACGGAGAAGUAACGUAAAGUUCACAUUGGGAUACACAGGUGGUAACAGGGUUACCUCCUCUACCUAGAGACAGCUGACCGGACUGAAUUGUCUGUCGGAGGGCAAAAGCAGUGCUGGUUUUUGUAAGUAUUGGUCAGGUCGGUGUUUUUCAGUGUUGCAGUUGAGGUUAAUAACCCAUUUUCUGGUGGUCUACCGGGUUGAUGUAACGUUAGGUCUGCUCAGGAAUGACAGUUAGGGAGGGUGGGUGAGUUCAUGACGCAGUCGACAGUGUCAAGACUCAUCGUCAAUUAUAAUGAAAACAAACCCGGAAUAAAGUCAGCUUGUUAUAUCACUUAUUUGUUAUGUGUGCUUCUUUCAUAAGGAUUUCUGGUUUCUGUAAGGCUACUUGUCCAAGUCAAGCUCUCCCGAGUCAAGGUAAAGCAGAUCAUCUCAACAUUGAUAUUUUAGUCGAUCAGCUAUCGUUGUUCAACCUUUUUGAAUGUGCAUUUAGAUACGAUUCCUGUGUAUGCGAGUUUAAUUGAUCUCUAAUACGACCUUGUUACAAUAGCUAUGAACCACAAUUCAAUUCAUGAUCUUACUGAUCUCAUUAGUGUAUGCCAGAACCAUCAAUCUUUAAGUAGAUGAGAAAUUUAAGAUGCAAAGUGAUCUGUUACAUGAGACCGAAAUCCUCCACUUUGUUUUUCUUUUACACAGACUGCUAUGUACUUUCUAAUCAGCAAAAUGUUGAUGAAAAGCAUCAAUGACUGUGCUUUUUCAUUGUUUGCAUAACAGUGAGUGACCUGAUAUGAACUGUUGUUUAAUGCUCAGUACUUGUCCUUUCACAGACACGAUGGCUGCACUGCGACGUCUAAGGCAGUGCCACCCAGCCGGCAUUGUUAUCUCUCAUCUUCACACAGCCAACCAGGCCUCUGCCAAACAGCAUUACAAAAUGCUUGUGCUGGGAGGAGGAAGUGGAGGCAUUGCUAUGAGCGCGCGCAUGAAGAGGAUGAUGGGGGCUGGGAACGUUGCUGUUGUGGAGCCCAGUGAGGCAAGAAUCCACAUGAUUAUUUGUUUUACCGCUUCAUGGCAAACAGCAAACAAACAAGACAGCCCGACCAAAUCUGUGGCUUUCAUCCAUUUAGCUUUGAGCUCCUCCCAGGGAACACAUGGUUUUUAAACUUUCUGUUUUAACAGACUCACUAUUAUCAGCCUAUAUGGACCCUGGUUGGUGCUGGUGCCAAAACUGUAGCCUCGUCAGGUCGCUCUACUGCAAGUGUCAUACCAUCUGGAGUGAAAUGGGUGAAAUCAAAAGUUCAGGAAAUCAACCCGGACACCAACACCGUCAGAACAGAUGAUGGACAUGAGGUAUGUCUGCAUUAUUAAUGUUUUUGUACAAGUGUAGUUAAAUUUAAAGUCUUGCCAGAUAUUUACAGUACAGCUAGAUUGUGUCAAGCGAUGUUAUACUGACAAUUAAUCUACCUUUUUUUCACAUUGCAGAUCUCCUAUGAGUAUUUGAUUGUGGCUCUUGGUCUACAACUCCAUUAUGAAAAGGUAAUGCUUUGUUUGUAAAACCCUAACUCGACCAGGUAUUUUUUUACUUCACAUAUAAAGUUGCAUCCAAGAAAAUUUAAACUCUUUCAAACAUUUUGACAUAGAUAAAAGGACUGCCAGAGGGAUUUGACUAUCCAAAGAUAGGGUCAAACUACUCAGUCGCAACCGUGGACAAAACAUGGAAAGCUCUGCAGGACUUCAAAGAAGGCAACGCUGUGUUCACCUUCCCAAAUACUCCUGUGAAAUGUGCUGGAGCUCCACAGAAGAUCAUGUACCUGUCAGAUGCUUACAUGAGAAAAGUACUGACACUUUAUUAUACAAUAAUCAUGCUGUAUCAAAUUAACUUAAAAUACUUUUUAAUGUAUCUAUCUCAGACAGGUAAAAGGGCAAAAGCCAACAUAAUAUACAACACAUCACUACCUGUGAUCUUUGGGGUCAAGAAAUAUGCUGAUGCACUGUGGGAGAUUGUGAAACAACGUGACCUUCAAGUAAACCUGAGGACCAACUUGGUUGAAGUGCGGCCAGACAAGCAAGAAGCUGUGUUUGAAAAUCUUGACAAACCGGGCGAAACCACAGUGAUUGAGGUAACUGUGUUAUUGUGGGUCAACCGUGUCUAACACUGUAGUGGACUAUCAACUGCCUCUGCCGUGUUCAACAGGUUUCUGCAUGUACUAAAAAUAUUGGCUUUUUUGGGCACAAGUCCAGCUCAGUCGUAACACCCUGGGCCUCAUAUACAGAGGCCGUAGUCCUUAACACUGUGGCCAUUAGAGUGUAGGCUUUAACCUCUUUAUUUCCAAUGUUUUUUGUCUGUCCUAUCAGCAAAAAAUGUGAGGGCAGUUCAAAAAAUACAUUGUCUGUAAUCAGCAUCCAAUACAACAUACAUUUUUCCAGCUUUCCAAAUUAGACGAGGGGACUUGGGUGAAUAAUUUAUGAACAGUAAACUGAUUUUUUUUUCCUUCAAUAGUAUGAAAUGCUUCAUGUCACACCACCAAUGGGACCCAUUUCAGUGGUGAAAGACAGUCCACUGGCUGAUGAUGCUGGCUGGUUGGAUAUAGACAAAGACAACCUUCAACAUAAAAGGUAUCCAAAUGUGUUUGGGAUCGGAGACUGUACCAACUUACCCACAUCCAAAACAGGCGCCGCUGUUGGUAAGUGAAACAAUGUGUCAUCAGUUUGAACAUUGCACCUAUGCAAUCCUGGAAAUCACACUGUUGCUGCACACAGAUAUAUGACUUUAUCACUCGUUAACUGCUUGCUUGCUCUUUUUGUGUAUUUCAAAACAACUGGCAGUGUACUAAGAUCCAUAAAAUAUACACCACACACUGUAAUGACGCAAUAAGGGACACUUCUUCAUUAACUUUGGAUUUGAUGAUGGGCAGUUCCCUGCAACUGGACAUAAUUGAUGAUAUCAGGUUAUAAAGCGCUACUUAUCACCUGGCACACUGCUAUAAAUGAUCAUUUGAUCAUCCUCAUCGUGUAUAAUCAGUGUCAUCAUCAUGUUUUUCACUAAGUGAGGCAUGCUGAAACUGUGUCAUGGUAUUUAGACUUCACAGCUACAAAGGCUCAAUUCUUUGUUGAGGAGACAUGGGAGUUCUAGUUUAGUCGAACUACAAAUGAAGGGUAGCUUUGUUGUGUUUCUGGCUGCAGACUGACUUCCUGUGUAUUUGAAACCAAAUGAGCCAAUUGGAAAUUUGGAAUUAGAGCGCACUCUACUGGACAAACUCUAUCAAGACAUCACUUUGAAAUCACCUCAAGCAUUACUUCUUUAAGAUUGCUGUAGUUUUUGUUUUUUACUUGUUUUUACCGUCUAGUGCUUCACUGACAUCACAGAGAAAGUAAUUAAGUAAAUCAAAAUCCAGUUGCAUUUGUUAGCCUCGUUCACAAAUGCUGCGCUCAAGAAAUUUUCCAAAGUUGCUCCACCAUUUAGUCAAGUGUUGCUCCUCUGAGUUCACAUCUGCAGCAUAAUAUAAAAGUCAUCACCUUGCCUCCUCACUUACCAAGAAUCAUGAGUAUUUCUUGCCAUGUUCUCACAACGGCUUCUCUGUCUUUUUAAAGACGUUUUGGAAGGGAGCUGUCAGGAAAGAUCGGAUAAAGAUAGGGUGGAAAUUUUACUGUUGAAUUCACAUUUAAUAUAUUCACUAGGAUACUAACUCUAACUACCUGAACAAACUACUGUCACCAUAAGUUGUAUUACAGAACAGAGUUCAGUGUGGGUUUGGACUGGACCGUUGUUCAGACUUUACAGUAACAACUGAAUAGACUCACAUUUGUUUUUCAUUCCCAGCUGCACAGACUGCUAUCCUGCACAGAACCAUCAGCAGAGUACUAAAAAAUGAGAAGCCAGACAAGAAAGUAAGAGCCAGUGUGCUAUGAGAAAUAUCACAACUUCUCUGUUGGAAUAACCUCUUUUUUACAACAUUGUGAACACAUGAACUGUAAUUUUCUUCAUUCACAGUAUGAUGGCUACACUUCCUGUCCACUGGUCACAAGCUACAACACAGUAAUGCUGGCGGAGUUUGACUACAAUUUACAACCGCUGGAAACAUUUCCCAUCAACCAAGCCAAAGAAAGACAAAUCAUGUACCUCAUGAAAGCUGAUGUGAUGCCUCACCUCUACUGGCAUGGCCUUUUGAGGUAGGCAGAUCCUUGAUUUCAGACAGAUUUAACUUUGUAGAAGAGAUGGCACCACACCAUUCGCCACAGUUAUCUGAUGUUCUUUUUUAUUUCAUUUAAGGGGCUUCUGGGGCGGACCGGGACCGUACAGGAAACUCCUUCACCUUGGAAUGAAAUAAGUCUGCAUGAUCAGUUUGCAAGAUUUUUAUGACAUUCCCUGUAGUCAAAGGGAAGCUGUACCACUACUCCAAUGUCUCCAAAAAGGUGGAAACUGAUAGCAGCUUGUAAUAUACUUAGAUCUAUGGCCUGGACAUGACUUAUCUCAAGUAGUUCAUCAUUUAUCUGUUUAAAUACAUGCAGUUAACCUUUCAGCCGUUGGUGCAUUGAUGCUAUCUCUAAAGAAAAUGAAUCAUGUAGUGACAAAAAGUUGCUCAAACUGCUAAAACAAUGACAAUUAACACUCCACUCUUCAGUUCUAUGUCUUUUAACCACUUUUAACUCAGACUUUUAGCUAUUUCCUGCAGAACAUUUAAUGUCAAAAGCACAAAUACUUUGGUGAGGUAGGUAAGUCACAUUCAUCAGUGUGACAUGAAGCACAAGGAGCCGGAGUGAGAGAAGGAGAGAGGAGCUUGAUGUGCCCCAUGGCAGACUGAAACGUAGGUUUGAUUAUGUUACUGCCUGCCAAAGCCUGAUAUCUGAAUAGGCUUGAGGUAGCACAAGUAGGCUUACAUCCUAAAGUGUUAACUAGUAAAUGAAAAGUGCUUUCAGAAUUUGGUGUUGCUGCUCAUUAAGAGCUCUGAGGCUGCAAUGAUGGACCAGUGCACUCAUAUACGCCAGUAAGUUUGAUAAAUGCUAACUAUGGUUUGCAAAGUUCUCCCAAAGAUACAUAGCUGAUGUAUUUUCAGAUUACCCCUUUCAAAGCUAUGUGUCCAGCUGAAUGUAUUAUUUUGUGUGUGUGUCAUUUUUGCAGCUAACUAUACUGGCCUGUUGUGCAUUGUAGUGCAUAAACAACCCAGCCUCUUAUAAGCAUUUCUGUGCUUCAAAGCAUGUUCAGGUUUUUGUUAGGGGAAGCUUACACAUUUAUCUACCAAAAGCGCUUUUCAAAUUUAAUGGUAUGGAAAUCUAGUUUUGUACGAAGGAAGUGAUUAUUUUUUUGUAUCAGCAUUGCUUGAAUCUAAUCUUUUACUCUUUAAUCAUUACAAUCACUGAAUGAACACAAAUAUCGUGAUAAUGCCAUUAAAGUACAAUUCUUCAUGAAAAUGCUUGACUGU